GUGACAAUUCUCAAGAAAUGAGGCGUGUAGUGUGAAAAAAAAAAAUCAUAUUAAUACGGAGGCUAAAUACACGUUUAAGAAAAGGGGUCAAAGGCGGGAAAAGAGGACACCUCCAAGUCUCCUCCGAGACUCUAACGUCGCUCUCCGAUGUGCGUCUGACCCAAAAACUCGGCCAUUGAGCGAUGGGAUGUGGGAGAUCUGCUCAGCUCCCUUGCAGCUGUUCAGGGGGCCGAGGAUAGGACCAAGACAUCGGUCACAGUCACCGGCAGUGUGGCCUGUUGGUUCUCCGCCCGAUUAGUGCGCGAAUGCGCUUGGGAGUCGCUGGACAAACCAGCCCACGGAGGAGCUUUUUCAGAGCCUAAAUUCCGUUUUUGUCCGUCAUUGUGAUAGCAAAUCGAUCUCUUCACAGCUCCUCGAAGCGGAUGGAGUGAACCGUGCCAAAAGAGGAGGGGGUAGUCAGACUGCAGCUCGGUUGCGUGUGAUGAUAGGAGACACAAUGACGCUCCUGUCUCUUUUGGGUCGGAUCAUGCGCUAUUUUCUUCUCAGGCCGGAGACGUUGUUCCUUCUGUGCAUCAGUCUGGCGCUGUGGAGCUACUUCUUUCACACCGACGAGGUGAAAACCAUCGUCAAGUCCAGCCGGGACGCCGUGAAGAUGGUGAAGGGGAAAGUGGCGGAGAUUUUGCAGAACGACCGCUUCGGAGGCCUCAGCGUCCUGGAUGCGGAGUUCUCCAAGACGUGGGCGUUCAAGAACAACAACGUAGCCGUGUACUCCAUACAGGGCAGGAGGGAUCACAUGGAGGACCGGUUCGAGGUGCUCACCGACAUCACCAACAAGAGCCACCCGUCUAUAUUCGGGAUAUUCGACGGUCACGGGGGAGAGGCUGCAGCUGAUUAUGCCAAGGCCCACCUGCCUGAGUCUCUGAGGCAGCAGCUGCAGGCCUUGGAGAGGGAGAAGAGGGAGAGCGCUGUCUCUUACGCCAGCAUUCUUGAGCAGCGCAUCCUGACUGUGGAUCGGGAGAUGCUGGACAAGCUCUCCGCCAACCAUGAUGAAGCAGGUACAACAUGCCUGAUGGCUCUGUUGUCAGACAGAGAGCUCACUGUGGCCAACGUCGGAGACUCUCGCGGAGUGUUGUGUGACAAAGACGGGAAUGCCGUUGCGCUGUCGCACGACCACAAGCCAUAUCAGCUGAAAGAGCGCAAGAGGAUCAAGAGAGCAGGAGGCUUCAUCAGUUUUAAUGGAUCCUGGCGAGUUCAGGGAAUCCUGGCCAUGUCUCGCUCCUUGGGGGACUACCCUCUCAAGAACCUCAACGUGGUCAUUCCCGACCCAGAUAUAAUGACCUUUGACCUGGACAAACUACAGCCUGAGUUUAUGAUCCUAGCAUCUGACGGUCUUUGGGACGCCUUCAGUAAUGAGGAGGCAGUGCGCUUCGUCCGCGAGCGCCUGGACGAGCCUCACUUCGGUGCCAAGAGCAUCGUCCUCCAGUCGUUCUACCGCGGUUGCCCCGACAACAUCACAGUCAUGGUGGUAAAGUUUAAAAGUGGAGCUGGGGGCAGUAGCAAGGCUGGUGUGUAGGUCUGGGGAGCUCACACUGUGAUCAGAAGGAUUUUUUUUACCCCUCGUCUGGAUGCAGCAGGAAGGUUACAGGAAAGCUGAGGUGUGUACUUAUAACAAGUCGGCACAUAAAUUUCCUCAUGUAAAAACAAAGCUAUGUUUUUCAAUUGUCAAUUUAUUCAGAAAAGGACAUUUAAACAUACUGUAACUAACCUUUGUAUGAUUGAUCAAUUCUUGGAAAAAAAACAAAACAUAAGUGCAUAGUAAGUACAGAACUACUACAGACACAGGGGAUUUUCUCUUAACCAGCACAUACCAGACUGUGACUGCUUUACUUCUGUUUACUAUAAAUUGCACACGGACAGUACAACUCCACUGGAAGCUUUUUACGGGAUGCUUUAAGGAAAAACUGUGUUACUAUAGGAAGGUGCUAAAGCUGUAAAUGCAAAACCACAGGCUUGUGGUAAUAUGAUGAUGCUCUGAAUUGUAUGUAUCUAAUCUUUCUUAUUGAACAGAAGCAGUUUGUCAUAUUAAACAAGGCUGCAGAAGAUCCAAUAUACUUAAUUAACUUGAAGCAUUGCUGUGCACAGAUCUAACCUUUGAGUGUACAAAACUUACCCCCUGCAUACUUGAAUGGUUCCUGUUUAGUGUUGACAGUCUCGCCCUUAGCAUGCAUUCAGCAUUAAUGCAUGCUGAACUGCAUGGAUUCUAUAAAUAAGCUGUCGACACGACCAGUAGGGCGGCAGACAACACAGUGCUCCUGCUGUGACUUUGGAGGUCCUUUACUCAUCGAGCUCUUAAGAAGCACAUGUUUCUACAUCUGUAAGCUGUCUUCCAAAAAGUAGUCAAAAACAAGUGUAAAUGAUAAAAGGGAAGCCUCUUUAUUGCAAAUUCUGAAAUGAAAAAUUAAAUAACUAAUUGUUUUUUUUUCAAACAAAAUAGAAUUUGCAGUUGAUUAUUUUUAAUAAUCUUAGGGGUUUUUUUAUCCUAAUGUGUAAUCUAAGAUUUCACCAAAUCCAUACAACAAUUAUACUAUUGUUUGUUGGUUUUGUGUUACAAAGUCAUAUGAAGACACACAAACAAAUAACACGCCGGCAUCACCUUCCUGCAUCUGAAUGUCUGAAUGGAAAAGACAAAUCCUGAUCUUCAGGUAAACCAUCAAUUUUCCACAUAUAUCAUAGCAUUCUGUGGGACUACAGACUUUCAGCUUUGAGAUGCUGUGGAAUUAUUGCAGCAAUGACCUUAUAAGAACAUUUCAACCUUCAAUAUGCAGACACUCUAUCUAGGCUGAAGAAGAUUUGAUUACCUCAGCUGAGUGCUUCAAGUGACUCCAGCUGCUCUAAUUGUUUCGGCUAAUAAUCAUUUGACCACUUUAUGACACUUAUGGUCCCUAAAGCAAAGUGUGCUUCCAUUCUCAGGGAGUCAAGAAAAACUGAAUUUAAAAGGAAACAGUGAUUAUACAAAGUGGGGCUGCCUAAAACCACACACACUCACACACACACACACCCUCCUACACAUAUUACAUAGGUGUAACACAUCCUGAUUUUUUACAAAAUACACUACAUUUCUAUCUGUUCAGACCCAUGUCAAAUGCAUUCUUUAGAUACACGUACAUUCAAGGCUGGAUAAAUAACAGCAUGGCAUAAGUUCUUGAUGAUCCUGACUGUUAGUUUUGUCACAGCAAAAAAAAAUAAAUUAAAAAAUUAAAACGUU